AGCGUCCGGCGGAUGGUUUACAUUCUUGGCAUAGCUUCUCCCAACCGCAGGCCGGGACCCGGGCCUCCCGCUCCUCCUCCUCCUCCAUGGCCUCCUAUCCUGUCGGCAGCGGCGGGGCUGCCAGCUCCAGCGAGGAGGAAGAGGAGGGCCCGCCGCCGCUGCCGCCCGGGGCGCAGAGCCCGGCCUACCACGGAGGCCUCUCCUCCGGCAGCGAAGAGGACCAAGAUGGUGAGGGCAGCCGCCGCUGGAGAGGGAGGCCGGGCCCCGGGCCGGGGAGCGCUCUCUUGGAUGAGGACUGUAAGCCAGACAGUUGUGGGUUAAACCUGCGCAGCAUGGACUCGGUUAGGGGAGCCGGAAGCCUGGAGCCCCCGACAUCUCCCAGAGCCCCUGUUGAGGAAGGACCCCGGGAGUGGGGUACUGACUCACCUCCUUGUGCACCGGGUCCCCCCCAGGAGGGACUGCGGUCUUUGUCAGACACUGUGGGGGGAGCUUUCCGAGUGGCUAAGGUGAGCUUUCCCGCCUACCUGGCCAGCCCAUCCGGCUCCUGUGGUAGCAGCCGCUACUCCAGCACGGAGACCCUCAAGGAUGAGGACCUGUGGGCCAGCCGGGGCUCUGGGAGCUGGGGUGUGUAUCGUUCCCCGAGCUUUGGAGCUGGAGAAGGGCUCCUCCUAAGGUCCCAGGCUCGAACCCGCACCAAGGGACCCGUGGGCACCGCAAGGGCAUUGAGGGAUGGAGGAUUGGAGUUGGACAAGAGGCGGCAGCGCAAGUCCCUGUCAAACCCAGACAUUGCCUCAGAGACCCUAACUCUGCUCAGUUUCCUGCGCUCGGACCUUUCAGAGCUGAGGGUCCGAAAGUCUGCUGGGCGCCCCGGGGACCUUGGGAGUAGCCCCUUAGAUGGCAGAGACUCACCAUCAGCACGUGGCAUGGGGGGGCAACUUGGGCCUAUGGCCCCAGCAGCCCCAGCAGCACCUGGCACCCGCCCCACGCUCAAGGAUUUGACAGCCACCCUUCGAAGGACAAAGUCAUUUACCUGCUCUGAGAAGCCCGUGGCCCGCCGCCAACCCCGCACCAAUGCCCUAAAGCCCAGCUCCUCUGAGCUCCUGCUGGCAGACCCCGGCGCCGAGGAGGACCCACUGCCCCUCAUUGUUCAGGAUCAGUAUGUCCAAGAGGCCCGCCAGGUUUUUGAGAAGAUCCAGCGCAUGGGUGCCCAGCAGGAUGAUGGAAGUGACAUCCCGCCUGGAAGCCCUGAGUGGGCAGGGGACAUGGCCCACGGGCAGCGGUCCCAGGAGGAGCUCUCCGGCCCGGAAUCCAGCCUGAUGGACGAGGGCAUUGGGGCAGACCCUGAACCUCCUGUUUCAGCCUUUUGCAGCCUCGGCACCACAGGGGUAUGGCGACCCCUUAACUCGCCUUCAGCCCAGACCAACCAAAUCCCUGGGACUGAAGACAGUGUGGGAGGGUGGUCCCUGGUGGCUCCUGAUACUCCUCCCACACCAGGUGCCCUCCGCAGGAGACGAAAAGUCCCACCUUCAGGCCCAGGUGGGACUGAACUGAGCAAUGGGGAGGCAGGGGAGGCCUACCGGUCUCUAAGUGACCCAAUUCCUCAGCGCCACCGGGCUACCACUUCUGAGGAGCCCUCUGGGUUUUCUGUGGAUAGCAACCUCCUGGGCUCACUGAGCCCCAAAACAGGGCUUCCAGUAGCCCCAGCCGUGGAUGAGGGCUUGACCAGCGGCCACAGUGACUGGUCUGUGGGCAGUGAAGAGAGCAAGGGAUACCAGGAGGUCAUUCAGAGCAUUGUUCAAGAGCCUGGUGCCUUGGGGCGUGUGGUGGAUGACAGGGUGGCUGGCAAAGCCCCCAAGAAGAAAUCGUUGAGUGACCCCAGCCGCCGUGGGGAGCUGGCAGGGCCUGGGUUUGAGGGCCCCGGAGGGGAGCCCAUCCGAGAGGUUGAGCCCACGCUGCCUCCAUCCAGCAGUGAGCCCAUUCUUGCAGAUCGACAGGCAGAACCAGGAGAGCCUAGUCCUGCCAGGGGCCGGGCACAGUCUGAGAUGGCUCUGCCUGAACCCCUGUCUACCUGCCCCAGUGCCCACCAUGACUUCCACCUUGACCCUAAACUGGCUGACGUUCUGUCCCCACGGCUCAUCCGCCGUGGCUCCAAGAAGCGCCCAGCCCGGAGCAGUCAUCAGGAGCUACCGAGAGAGGAGGGCCAUCAGGCCCGACCCUCCUCCAAACAUGUUCGCCAUGCCAGUGUGCCUGCCACCUUCACACCUAUCGUGGUGCCUGAGCCACCGACUUCUGUUGGCCCCCCUGUGGCUGUGCCAGAGCCCAUGGGCUUUCCUGCCCGAGCCCACCCCACAUUGCAGGCACCAUCCCUCGAGGAUGUCACGAAGCAGUACAUGCUGACCCUCCACUCUGGCGAGGUGCCUGCCCCAGUGCCAGUGCCAGUGGAUAUGCCAUGCUUGACUCCAGUGGUUGCACCGCCCUCUGCUGAGGCCAAGCCCCCGGAGGCAACCCGGACUCCAGAAGAGCCUGCCCCUGCCAGCAAGUGCUGCAGCAAGCCGCAGGUGGAGUCCGCCAAGACACGUGGUCCCCACAGCCUCACCAAGUCAGACCUUGGGGUACUUCCCCAUCUUGUCGGCCGUAUGCUGCAGAUGGUGAAGACCCUGGCCCAGUUCACCAUCGCGCUGGAAGACAUGCGCGAUCUGGGCCCGGCCGCCGCCUCCGGGGAGCCCGCCGAGAACAGCAGCGCAGACGCUGAGGAACCUGGGGAGGCCCAGAACCGAGUCCUGGUCCUCAACCCUGACACCUUGCAGCUGGAGGUAGCAAUAGGGAUGGAUGGGGGGGCAGCCCAAGCCACCAAUCGGGAGAACAUCCAGAAGGCCAUCAGCCGCCUCGACGAGGACCUGACCACCCUGGGCCAGAUGAGCAAGCUCUCGGAGAGCCUCGGUUUCCCCCACCAGGUCUGCUCCUCUGCCUGA